AUGACCACCCAGCCCCCGAAAAACGAAAUGGUGUAUCUCCCCGGCGUGAUGUCGCCGAGCCGCAAGUUCGGCGUCUUCCGCAAGGUCCUGCACACGGGCCUGUACUCGCAGUUUGUGGCGAUGGAGGUGCCUGUUAACGGGGAGAUAGGAGAUGAGGUACACACCGUCGAUCAAACCCUCAUCUUCACGCACGGCACCGGCAAAGCGAUUGUCGCGGGAAAGGAACAAGAGGUAAAACAAGGGGACGUGGUGAUCGUACCGGCGGGUACGCAGCAUCAGUUCCUGAACGUGGGGGACACGCCGUUGGAGCUGGUCACGGUCUACGCGCCCGCGGAGCAUGAUCCGCGCACCGUGCAUCAGACGAAGGAGGAGGGGGAUGCGCAAGAGGAGGCGGGCGAGGACGAGGCGCCCGAGUGGAGUCAGCGGAGUAAGAGUGAGAAUGAGAGGAUUGGGUUGGUGAAGGUGCCGAAGGAGUAG